UCUUCCCCCAUCACUCUGACGGAAAACAUCAACGUAGUCUGUCCACCGUCUGAUGUGUACAAUGUAUUCCGUGAACCGAGGACAUGCAAAGUAGGAGGGUUUGGAAGAAAGGAUCCCACUUAUGUCAUUGGCUCAUUUGAUACUGGCGUUCGUCAAGUUAUGGAUACCAUCUUGAUUGAUGACAGCUUGUGCACAUUUCUGAGAGGAUCUCCCCUACCGGCUGGAAACCACUGCGGCUUUUUGCCAACACCUAAUGCUGCAGCUUGCAUCGGUGACAACGGUGGCGCCUUGGUCUGCCAGAAUGACACGACAGGUGCCUGGUCAUUUGAAGGAAUUAUAUCCUACGAUGAGGUUGUAGGCUCGUGCGGUAACCAGGUAUACAGAGUCACCGACAUGAAUGCUGUUUGGAGCUGGGUGCAAGGCGUCAUCACGGCACCGUCGGGCUGAAGGUCAUGGCCACAGUUGCAUCAACAGUAACAAACAGGGAUAUAGGUGUUGAUGUCAGCAUCUGUAACUGUUACAUGACAUAAACAAAAUUGCCUGUA